UUCAAGCCCAAUUAGGCCCAAUCCCCAAUCGUAUCAGAUCACCUGCGGCGGCAAAUCAAAUCGACGGCGACUUCCUUUACAUUCACAUUUCCUCUUCCGUCGCGUCAAUUCGACGGUGAGCUCUUCAGACCCAGCUUGAUUGCAUGUUUAUCUAUGUGAUUUUAGAAUCAAUUUCAGCUUACUUUAGGAUUAGCGAUGAGUUGCGAUAGGAUCAGCGAAUACCAGGUUUUUUGCUAACACAAGUACUCUCAUACCUUCCGACCAAAGAUUCCGUCAAGACAAGUGUUUUAUCCAAGAGAUGGGAACUUCUCUGGCUUAGUGUUCAUGUUCUUGACUUAAAGGUCAGCGAUUUCCCUGACGAAGACUACGCGAGAUUUGUCGACAAAUUUACGGAUUUUAGUCGGAAUUCAUGAAUGCGAAUGUUCAAGAUUAAGUAUGAUGAAUACACUUACGACGAUGAUCGGUUGGCCGGAUGGGUUAGUACAGCGGUUAACCGUGGGAUUAAGCAUUUAGAUGCUAAAGGGUUUGAGACUGAUAUGUGUAUGAGAGAGUUUAUGCCUCUGGACAUUUAUAAGAGCAAUACGUUAUUGUCUUUGGUGCUUGUAACGGUCGGAAUCGUGAAUCCCGAGUUCGUUGUUUCUCUACCUUGUCUUAAGAUCUUACAUUUAGAAGACGUUUGGUAUUUUGAUGAUCCUUUGAUCAUGGAGAAGGUUAUCUCAGGUUGUCCUGUUCUUGAAGAUCUUGUUUUGAUUAGGCCUUUUGAUUUUUGUGAUGUAGACGUUCUGCAGUUUCUUCGCGUGAGGUCUCGGAGUCUUAAGAGUUUUCGUCUCACGUUUGAGUAUAGUAACGCUGGUGCAUGUUAUUCGGUUGAGAUUGAUGCUCCAAGACUCGAGUAUUUGAAUUUUAAUGAUGACAAUUCUGAUAUGGUUAUAGUCAAGAACCUGACUUCUUUGUUGAUGAUCGAUAUUGAUACUGAAUUUAAUGUUAAGUUUGGCGGUAGUCCUUUGGAACCGGGGGAUUUAAGCAAGAGAGAUACUAUCCGUGACUUUAUCACUGGUGUAUCUAGUGUUAGACAUAUGAUCAUCUCUCAGCGUACUUUAGAGGUCCUCUAUAGAUAUUCCAAACUCGGACCAAUUCCGAAAUUCGAUAACUUGUAUCGCUUACAAGCUGCGAUCUCUGGAUCCUUGUUGCAGUUGUUGCUCGUCUUUCUUGAGAGCUGUCCAAAUUUGGAAAACCUCAUCUUGCUUGUGCCCUUGCAGGACUUUGUUGUUUCGACGGAGCCUGAGCAAGCUGGACUUGACUAUGUCCCUCAAUGUUUGUUAUCAAGUCUGGAGAGUGUCGAGAUUAGAGAAUUGGUUAUAGGAGAAGAAACCGGAAUGAAAUUAGUGAAGUAUUUUCUCAAGAAUUCAGUAGUUCUCCGGAAACUCACUCUGCAUUUUAAAGAUUCUUCGAUGGCAAACCAAGAUUCAGAUAUCUUUAAGGAGCUUCAUACUUUCACAAAGCGUUCUCGGUGCUGUGAGGUCAUCAUACAUUGACAAAUGACAAUGUUUAUAGAAGACCAGUGUAGGAAUUUUUUUUUUUUGGGUGUAAAGGAACAAGCACAGGAUCAAACUCUACUUAUAGUGAACUGGUGAAGAGUUAGUCUUUUACGUGUGAUCAUUUCAACCCCACGUAUGAAACAUAGACAGUGAGUUCUAGUAUGGUUGAUGGCUGGUUUCUCCAUUUUACAUAUGAAACGCUGCUUGAUCUAUCUAACAUGUUACCUUAGCGGCCGGGGUGUUACAUUGUUCGAUAUGUUACUUGGGCUAUUGGUUUUUUUUUUUUUUUUUUACGAAAAAUGUAAAUAUCGGUAGUCAAUUUAGGUUUUAAAGAUUGGAUAACCUGUUUAAUUUGUCCAAUAAAAAUAUGGAAAUAAAAACAACUCAAACUUUAAAGUA